AUGUACGACUACGUGCGCCGACAGCAGGAGCUCCAGCCCGGUAUAUUUGCGACAAAGACAUUCCACUGGAUGGACCAAAGCUCGAGAGAGCCUAGCUGGACCCGGAUGUACACGAAGAACGCGCCCCUCGACCCGCUGAUUUAUUCAUCAAGCAGCCUGUACGCCGCGCCCCGCGCAGCACCAAAGCCUGGAGGCGCCCGCAGCGCGCUCCAGCGGUCGGCAUCGGGUAUCUCACCGCAUCGGGCACUGUUCGCGCUAAGACGGCACAGACAACACAGCGACGUGCCAAUCAGGCCGCCAAGCGGGGUCUCUGGCACAUUCACCAUAAGAAAGCGCGGAAAAACAGUGCCGCACGACGGCGAGCCACCGGCUUUUGCCUCUGCCGUGCAGGCAGCAGUUCCACAGUUCCUGGUUCAAUAUUGUUUUGGCGCAGAAGCAAUUCAAAGACAGAUGAAUAAUAAUCGUGCUGAAGCACAAAGGCCAAUCAUUCUGGCAAUCCCACCCCACCAUUAUGCGGUCCCAGCAGAGACCGCGGCAGCUGCCCUUGUGGGUGUUGAUAUUGUUCCCGCAUCUGAAAAUAGCGCUUCUUUGCUGUUGUUGCCACUGGAUAAAGACGACGCGCCCGACCAAAUCCACAUCUCUUCUCCAUUUGCUCAAUCCCGCCCUCAACUAUUUUCUUCUUUUUCCCCUCCUUCAUCUCCCAUUCCUCGCACUAUCUGCCACAGGGCUCGCUCGCUGAUGCACAGAGUUCGCAGCCUAAGGCCCGGCGGCGGCCAGAACCCUCACCAACUUCAGCAACAGCAACAGCAGCGUCGCUGCCGCCAGCUAGAACUACAAUUACAACAACAGCAACAGCAACAACGAAACACACCGCACUUCACAAUAUCGUCAGUGCUUUGUACCGCAAACAAUGAGGUAUCGCCGCCCGGGUCGCCCAAUGGCAACAUGCACUGGAGACCUGGCCCUCAGCCCAAAAUGGUGGUUCGCAUCCCGCCGUCACGAGGCUCUCGCCAUGUGCACACGAGUCGACGCUCCUCGCUAUGUUUUGUCAACGCCAGCCCACAGCUGGGCCAGCGAAGACUUCCGCGCUCGCCUCUGGCCAACCCGCUUGCCAUAACCGAAUUUACGUCGUCCGACUCGGAGCCCUCUGAUGAGCAAAAGCACCAACCACAACAGCAACCACAACAGCAACAGCAACAGCAGCAGCAACAGCAACAGCAACAGCAACAGCAACAGCAACAGCAACAGCAACAGCAACAGCAACAGCAACUGGACAGCACAGCGAAACCUUUGGUGGGAAGCAUUUGCACUCCAAUACACCCGCUGACGUCGUAUGCUGACGAGGAUACGUCAAAGUGUCAAGCGUGCUCGCGCUACAAAGGUAACGAGUGGAUAGUGAGCUGCGAUGCUGAGCAUCCACUGUGCUUUGGCUGCGUCCAAAAUCAGGCUAGGGACAUGUUGGCUAAAAAGUCAGCCAACCGCGUGCCUUGCCCCAUUAAGCACUGUUUGGCGUACAUCCCACUGCAGCACUUGCGAGCGUGCCUUCCACCGCAGAGACUCCGGCAAUUGGCAGGAAACAGUCGUCGGAGUGACCGGGCGAUGCAACUUGUCAGACGAUCGUUGAGCAUGUGCAGUGGUCGCUUUAGCAGCAGCAGCAGCAAGGGGAGUUACGCAGAGUCGUAUGUGUCGGAUGUGAGCGACGAGGGAUUCGACAAACCAAUUGUUGUUGUAAACGCGAGCAGUGCCAAUAUGCCUACAAACCGUGCAAACACGGGGCAGAAUGCAGGUAGUAUUGGCUUUAGAGGCAUUCGUGCGAGCAAUGUUGAUCACGAGCUUGCCCAUUCAAUGGAGAAUUUGGCCGUGUCUGUCAGCGCAGUCCAGAAGCACGUGCCGACCCAACACCUUUUUUCAGCCAGCAUGCCGGUUCUCGCUAGUUACGCGAGCCACAGUGCGGCGAGCAGAACCAGUACGACCAGUAGCGGUGACAGCAACAGUGGCAGCACACCACCGUUGCUCAGCGAGCUAACUAGGGUCGGGCACGCUAGCACGGACAGCGUGGUUCUUGCAGCAACAGUUGCCACAGACAGUGCCAUUUCGCUGAGCCUGGAGUUGGUUGGAUCCCAGUUGCAGUGGGUGUCCAAGGCCCAGGAUAAUAUUGGCACACAGACACACACCCCCAGCAUGUCAAACGACUCACCACUGACCGACUACGAGGACGACACGGCUAUGUACCUAAGCAACGCACUGUUUUUGGAGCUGCAGCAGCAACAAGCGCCGUUGGCCACAUCAGCCCUUUAUGACUGCGUCAACUAUGACAUGGACCUGUGUAUGCAGACGCCGUCUUAUGAGCUGGCGGCGUCGCUCGUUUCUUCUAGCAGCCCCAUCUCAUGGCAGCACCCGUCAUCACAGUCGGAGGCGUAUUUCCACUCACCGGCCAACAGGGCGUCCGUACACUCUGCCCCGCCUCCAAUCCCGCCCUCUCUGCCGCCCCAGUUUAGGGCGAGUGCCACAUGGAUUACGCCAGAGCAGCGCAACUCUGGGUACAGCGAGAACCUGAUGCUCAACGCCACGCUCUUCGAAACCAUUCGGCGCAAGGCAUCACUCUCGAAUGACGAGGAUAGCGACUAUAGCCACAGCGACAACUCAGACUCUCCACGCACAUCAAUAGGCCAGCGGCCGCAGAUUGGUCGCAUCCAUGCCGCGCCAGUUGCCAAGACAGAAUAUGCAGCCAUUGCCUCUGAAUACGACGAUAGCAGCGAAGGAGUGUACAUCCCGACAUGGCGCAAGGCGGAGGCAAGCACCACCUCAAAGCGCUCCAUUCCUCUUUGGGCCGAGCCUGAAUAUGGAGAAGAGUCGGGCCUUUUGUGCGAGGCCGCGGGGCUUAACUUUGACCUCUACGAGACACUGCACAAGCGACGUUGA